AGUCAAGAUCAAGCAUCUCCUAUACAUGGAUUCUGCAUCUGAGAGAGUGAGAACUUCCCUUUUUCUGACCAUCACUGUUCUCAGCAUGAUCCAAGGUCUAUCUGAUGAGGGGUGGCAGAUUAACAUCUCUCAUUCCUCUGUCUGUGCUGUUGCCGGGUCAACAGUGGUCAUUCUAUGCUCUUUCACUCAUCCUCCCAACGUCACGGUGAAGAAGGUUUUGUGGACUGUCAAUCACAUGUUGGACAAAGAUUUCUUAGAGUAUCCAGAGUACAUGAGCAGAGUUCAGCACAGUGGUGAUAUGAAGAACAACUGCACACUGGCUCUCAGAGAGGUGGACCUAUCAGACAGUAAAGUGUAUUUUGUGAGGAUUGUAGCAGAACAGGAAGUGUAUCCUCUGACAACAGAGCCAAUCAGAUUCAUGCUAUCAGUCACUGAGCUUUCUGUUGAAGUGUCUGGGUCUGUGGUUGAGGGAGGAGAGGCGAGGCUGAGAUGCAGACGCUCCUGUGGGUUUGAUGACAACAACCCCACUGUUACAUGGAGGAAGAACGGCCAAGAUGUACUUAGACAAACAAACAACAGCGAUCUUGUCCUCCAGAACAUCAGGAUUGACGAUGAGGGUGAUUAUUCUUGUGCGUUAAAAGGUCGUGAAAAACAUCCAUCUAAAGCAGUGGCGCUCAAAGUGAUGUAUGCCCCAAAGAACAUAUUGGCAUCUAUAAGUCCUACAGGUGAUGUACCUGAAGGCAGUUCAGUGAAUCUGACCUGCAACAGUGAUGCCAACCCACCAGCGGAGAACUACACCUGGUUUAAGAGUGGAACUGUCCCCUCCCACAUAGGAUCUGGGCAGACGCACAGGAUCAUUGACCUCAACUCUGAUCAUACUGGACAGUACUACUGUGAGGGACAGAACUCAGUCGGCCUCAGCAAAUCUCCUGAGGUUUAUCUGGAGGUGCAAUAUGCUCCAAAAAACACUUCAGCAUUGGUCAGUCCCUCUGGUGGAAUAGUGGAGGGCACUUCAGUGACUCUGACCUGCAGCAGUGAUGCCAACCCAUCAGUGGAGAACUACACGUGGUUUAAGAAGAUUGGAGUAACCAUCUCAGAGUUAGUUACGGAGCAAGUUUACACCAUUCCCAAGGUCAGCUACCAACACACUGGCUACUACUACUGUGAGGCCAAGAACCAGUAUGGUGCCAGUAAUUCUUCUGAUGUUAACCUGGAUGUGGAGUAUGCACCAAGAAACACCUCUGUAUCUGUGAGUCUCUCUGGUGGAAUAGUGGAGGGCAGUUUAGUGACUUUGACCUGCAGCAGUGAUGGCAACCCACCAGUGGAGAACUACACCUGGUUUAAUGUGGAUAAGAAUGCAACAUCCCCCAUGGCAACAGGCUCUAUCUACAGCAUCAGUAACUUCAACUUUGAGUAUUACUGUCAGGCAGACAACAGGCAUGGUGUUAAUAAUUCUACCGUGAUUCAUCUGGAAGUUUAUUAUGCCCCAAAGAACACCUUGGCAUCAAUAAGUCCACCAGGUGAUGUACCUAAAGGCAGUUCAGUGACUCUGUCCUGCAGCAGUGAUGCCAACCCACCAGUGGAGAACUACACCUGGUUUAAGGUGGAUGAGUCCACUCCAGUAGGAUCAGGACAGCAGUACAACAUCACUGACAUCAGCUCUGAGGACGGAGGACAGUAUUACUGUGAGGGACAGAACUCAGUCGGCUUGAGCAGAUCUCCUGAGGUUUAUCUAGAGGUGCAACUCUUGCAGUGGCAGAACAUUGCUGUAAUUGUUGCUAUGGCAUCAGUUCCAUUCACAGUCAUUGUACUGUACUGCCUUAUCUACAGAGGAGUGAAGAAAUGUUUAAAACGUACUCAAACACAGGCGACUGUUGAUAAUGUGUAUGAGGAAGUCUCAGAAGUCCUCUUGACGACCUGCAUCCCUGCUCCAACAGUGGACGCAGGUGACCAGGAUGAUGUCCAGUACGCCAGCGUUCAGUUCAAGAACUCCAGAGGUCAGCAGGUGCCCGUUUACUCCACAGUCCAGAAGUUCAAGCCCCACCCACAGCAGCAGGAGGAGGUGGAGUAUGUAGCAGUCAACUUCUCUAGACCCACUGCUGCCACCCAACAGGCUCCAGACACAGUGAUCUACAGCAAGUCCACAAACAGAAAUCAUUUCAACAGACAGGCUGCAGACACGGUGAUCUACAGCAAUUCCACAAACAGAAAUAAUCUCAACAGACAGGCUGCAGACACGGUGUUCUAUAACAAGUCCGCAACGAGGAACAUGAACUCGAAGAGACCACGUGGCGCUCCACCAGCUCCACCAAGUCCUGCUAGAGUCUAAUGGCAGUUGGUUUUGAAGCAGUAGGCUGUGUGUACAGUAGGUUUGGGACUUAAUUAGAUUGUGCAGUCACUGUAUGUACACUGUAUUUACAUUGUUGACAAUGUAUGUCUGAUGUCCUUUUUCCAUGCAUGCAUGCACAAGCACAGGCACAGACAUGCACACAUAUCUUAGAUUGUGCAGUCACUGUUUUACAUUGUUAAAAAAACCUUGAGUCCGCACACCAGAAUCUGCUACUUAGCGUUUUUUUAAUGGUAGGCUUUAUCACCACAUGUGACGUUUCGGGCCCCAGCCCUUCAUCAGACAUAUAGCAUACCAUUUAAAAAAACGCUAAGGAGCAGAUUCUGGUGUGCGGACUCGACGUUCUUUUACAUGCUUGUGCUUUCCUGUCCAGCACCCAGUACUCAACGAUUUGGAUGUGCGUGCUACACCCUUGAACUCUGUUUUACAUUGUUGACAAUGUAUGUCUGUUGUCCUUGCAUGCACAGGCACAGACACAGACAUGCACACAUAUGCAUACACACACACACACACACACAUGCAAGAGACUGCAGACUAGUCUGCUGUACUUUCAAUUCAUGCUCACGCUAACGCAAACACACAGGCGCACAGAUGCACGCACACACACACACACACACAUACACACAGGUACACACACUCCCACUCUAACACACACGCACACUCAAACACACACACGGCAACACUCACACAUGCACACAUACACACACACACACAUGCUUACACACCCUUAAAAGCAGGCCAAAAAGUCCCCUCUUGUCUGGCUCUUCAAGUCUAUGUAAUUUCCUUUCAACAGGCCAGACUUAAGUGUAUGAUUUAAGAAACAUACCUGAUUCUCUGUCAGUUUUUGUUAAACAAUACAAGAUCCAAGAUACAAGAUACAAUACAAGAGAACCUGUAUGAGUAAACAUGUUUCCUCAUA